UCAUAUCCUGCUUCUUCCAUGGGGCAGGGGGAGACGAAUACAUCCGUGACUGGUAAUUUUUCCUCUCAGAACUAUGGUAAGGGUAUGCAGAGGCUUCCGGCAGUGGCUGAGAGUGAAGAAGAAGAUGAGAGUGAGGAAGGUAACAACACAGAGCUUCUGAAAAAAUGUUUCUGAUAAAAUGGCCAGAGAACAUGCGGCUGAAAAAAUGUCUUAUUGUGGAUCUCAAUCUGAUAAAAAAUCAUGUGAGAAUGUCUCUGAGGAUUUGAAAAUGGAAGAGAUGACUGAAUCUCCCAGUAAUGAGAUCAGUGCGCAUCAAGGUGCUUGGGGGAUGAUUACUCCUGUUCCACCCUCACCUCUGUUUGUGUGUCACGAUGUGAAUACUUAUGGGAAUGCUUUUCCUCCCUUGUCAGACUAUGUGGUUUGGCCCUCCCUGCCUCACAUUGUGCCUCUCGAAGAGGGUUUCAUGGAAGGAGGAGAAAACUGCAGUGUCUAUACAGUUGAAUCUCCCUCUGGAUCCCCAAUUCAUGAUUGCAUGAGUCAGGGAGAAGAUAUCCCGCGCAGACAGAAGCAGAAGUUGGAGAAGGUGGGAGAUGUGGCCACCAACAGAAUGAAGAAGCGCAAUUUGGAAGGUUUGCUAAAGGAAGAAGAAAGGGCGAAGCUCCAGGCUGGAGUGAAGAGGUUGGCUCACGCGGCUGCUGCGCUGGCGGACAGGUCCCUCCCUCGAGGCAGAUCCCUUUUGGGUGACAGAGAAGGGAUCCAGAUUGGUUAGCAGUGCUCAGCGCUCGGUCCUUUUGCUUGCCGCCUCCCACUGGGGUUUGAUGCCCGCUGGUUUUAUG